ACGAACCGACACCGAUUAAACUCGUGUUAUAUUUAAGGUUGUACUUUGAACACCGAACCUAAAGGGAUGUGGGUGUUUGUGUUGGCGCGUAAAUCGUAACUGUUGGUUUUCUUCAUCUACACCGAUGAGUUUGAGGUUCAAAGCAAUCUCUGAGGCAACAAGUCCAAACCCAGAUGAGAAAAAUUCAAAGAGACAAAGGAUUGAUCUGGGAAAUGGGAGCGAAGUUGUUUAUAUUCCAAGGUUUUUAACAUUGGAUGAGUCAUGGAAACUCUUUGAUUAUCUGAACAAGGAGAUUCCUUGGACCAGACCCACCAUUCGUGUCUUUGGUCGCUCUUGCGUUCAGCCUAGAGACACAUGUUAUGUUGCAAGUGAAGGAUUGCCAGAUUUAGUUUACAGUGGAUAUCAGCCGCAUGCCUAUUCUUGGGACGAUUUUCCUCCUCUCAAGGACAUGUUAGAAGCAGUCCACAAAGCGCUUCCUGGGAGUAGAUUCAACAGCUUGCUUCUAAAUAGAUAUAAAGGCAGAAAUGAUUAUGUAGGUUGGCAUGCUGAUGAUGAGAAGCUUUAUGGAUCCACUCCAGAAAUUGCCUCAGUUUCCUUUGGCUGUGAGCGUGAAUUCUUGUUGAAAAAGAAACCUAGUAAAUCAUCACAAGAAAGAAAAGUUGAUGAUGAACCUGCAAGAAAACGAUUAAAGAAAAGCAGCAACUCUGAUCAACAUUCAUUCACACUGAAGCAUGGAUCAUUGUUGGUAAUGAGAGGGUACACACAACGGGAUUGGAUCCACUCGGUGCCUAAACGUCAAAAAGCAGAGGCUACUCGAGUUAAUCUCACCUUCAGGCUGGUUCUCUGAUGAAUCCUGGUGUUAGUGUUAACAUGGAAUUGGUAUAAGUUGUGUGGUCACACAGAAAUACUGUUGCAGAAACUUAUUUUUGUACUUGUAAUUCAGAAGAUUAGUAGUUGUAGUUACCUUCUUCUAGCAACUGUAUCUUUGUCCUCCCAGUAAGCAGCAGAGGUUAAUGACUUAAUUCAGAGUUUUGUAGAAUGUUAACUAAUGUAGUAGAUUC